CUCUGAAUGAAGGAUUUCAUGACACGCAGACAUUUUUAUUGUCAGCAUUAUAUGCCGUGCAUGAAUGACAACAAGGGAGAGAACGAAAGAGAGAGAGAGAGAAAGGAGGAGGAAGCAAGUGAGCGCGAGAAAGAGGAAGAGAGAGAGACAACUAUGUCGAUGAUCCCUACGAGUUAGGAACGCGGUGCUGAACGCGCAGUGCAGACGGCCACUUUAACACCUCCAAUCACUAAAGGAUUAUUAACACUUCUGCUGUCAUUUCAGACCAUUCAAAUACUGGCGUCUUGAUCGCUGACCGACAUUCACGCGCCAGGAAGAUAUCAAUUUUCAGUGUCAAAGUAAAGGAGCAUCGCUGAUUCUGAAGAUGGAGAAAUGUACCACCGGUGAGGCUUGAAGCAGUGGGGUCAGCUGUAGAUGAGCUUCCUGCACCAUGCCGCCGGGGGUCUACGGCAUGCAGGAUGUGUGGGAGAGGGAGGGUUGGCAACAGAUCAACAUAGAGUUCCUCCUCCCCACGGGGAUCUACCUCAACUUUCCCGUAGCACGCAGUGACACCAUUAGUACCAUCAAGAAGAUGGUGUGGAAGAAUGCCAGGAAUGAGCCUCUGUUCAGUGCCCUGAGUGACCCGGACGCCUACGUCUUCACCUGCAUCAACAUGACCGCAGAGCGGGAGGAGCUGGAAGACGAGCAGCGCCGCCUGUGUGAUGUUCGGCCAUUCAUGCCAAUUCUCAGGCUGGUGGCCCGGGAAGGCGACCGAGUCGAGAAGCUCAUCACCACCCAGAUCAGUCUACUUAUAGGAAAAGGUCAUCAUGAAUUUGACUCCCAAAAGAACCAUGAGGUGAAUGAAUUCCGAACAAAAAUGCGGACAUUUUGUGAAGAGCGUGCUCAGGUGCGUCAGAUGCUGCCUUGGGAACCAUGGAUGGAGUUCAACUUCCCGUGUGACUUGGAGCCGUGCUCGGUAGUGGCGCAAUCUGGGAAAUCGCACAGCGGCAAAAAGAUUUUGGUCAAUGUGAAGUUUGAGGGCAGUGAGGAGACCUUCGUUCUCCAGCAAGAUCCACAGGACCUGCCGAUGUUUCUGAAACGGAACGCCUUGAGAAAGAAGUCCAACGUGUUCCGACCGGCCAAGCAGGAGAAGCCAGAGGACUACACCCUUCAGGUUAACGGGAGAUGGGAGUUCAUUUAUGGAAAAUAUCCACUCUGCCAGUUUAAAUAUAUUUUUACAUGUUUGCAUGGAGGCAUUACCCCACACCUGACCAUGGUGCAUCAUUCAGUCAUCAUCAAGUUCCAGGAGGAACAGGGUGGCCUUAGUAACCAGGUGUCCAGGACUCGUGCUCAGUCCAAACCGCCCCCGCUGCCUCUGAAAAGGCAAAACACAUCUUCGCUGUGGUCUAUCCAUGAGCCUUUCUAUAUAUACCUUCUACAGGGCAGCCGAGUGAAUGCAGAUGAAGGCAUGAAGCCACAGGACUGCCCGUUGGCCUGGGUUAAUACAAUGGUGUUUGACUACAAGGACCAGCUAAAAACUGGAGAAUUUUCCCUUUCCACAUGGCCAUCAGUCCCAGAUGAUAAAGGGGAUUUGUUGAAUCCUAUGGGCACUGUGGAGAAAAAUCCAAACAUUGACAGCACAGCUGGUCUCCUGAUUCGAUUUCCCAACAUCAGACCACACCCCCUGUAUUAUCCUCCAAUUGAAAAGCUAAAUGAGCUGGGUAUGAAUGGUGAAAAAGUUGUUGCUACAAAAGAAGAGCACCUGAAACUGAGAGAGAUUGUGGACAAUAAAAACUACACGGAGUUCUUUGAGGAUGAGAAGGAGCUUCUGUGGAAGUUACGUGAAGAGGUGAGGCAGCGAUACCCGGAGAGCCUCCCCAAACUCCUCCUCAUCACUAAGUGGAACAAACACGAGGACGUGGCUCAGAUGGUUGGUUUGUUACGGAAAUGGCAAGAUUUGCCUGCUAUACAUGCUCUAGAACUUCUGGACUACAGUUUCCCUGACCCUCAUGUCCGCUCCUUCACCAUCCGCUGCCUCGGGAACUUGCGUAAUGAUGAGCUCUUUCAGUACCUCUUGCAACUGGUGCAGGUUCUGAAGUAUGAAUCCUACUUGGAUUGUGACUUGACCUGUUUCUUGCUUGAGAGAGCCCUUUCCAACAAGAAAAUAGGUCACUUCUUGUUUUGGCACCUCAGGUCAGAAAUGCAUGUGCCCUCAGUCAGCUUGAGAUUUGGACUUAUUCUGGAGGCGUACUGUCGUGGGAGCAUCUUUCUCAUCAAGAGCUUGAUGAAGCAGAAUGAGGCUCUGAAUAAAAUGAAGGCUCUCAAUGACUUUGUGAAAUCAGGCAGUCAGAAGGCAACCAGGAUACAGACUACAGAGGACAUGAAAGUGUGCAUCAAACAGGACACUUACAUGGAGGCGCUUUCGGAUGUCGUCUCCCCUCUCAACCCAAGCAUCGUGCUGUGUGAACUAUGUGCAGACAAGUGUAAGUUCAUGGACUCCAAAAUGAAACCUCUGUGGCUGAUGUAUAAGGACAAAUAUGAUCAUGUGGGCAUUAUCUUCAAAAAUGGAGACGAUCUGCGGCAGGAUAUGCUAACCCUUCAGAUGAUUCAGCUGAUGGAUGUUUUGUGGAAAACAGAAGGUCUUGACCUCAGAAUGCUGCCCUAUGGAUGCCUGUCGACCGGGAACAAAACGGGUCUCAUCGAGGUGGUGAAAAACUCAGACACUAUCGCCAACAUCCAGAGAAACAACAGCAACAGUGCAGCCACUGCUGCCUUCAAUAAGGACGCCCUUCUCAACUGGCUCAAAUCCAAAAACCCAGGGGAUAAACUGGAUCAAGCCAUUGAGGAAUUCACCCUCUCCUGCGCAGGCUACUGUGUAGCCACAUAUGUUCUGGGAAUAGGGGACCGUCACAGUGACAAUAUAAUGAUCAGGGAAACGGGUCAGUUAUUCCAUAUAGACUUUGGGCACUUUUUGGGGAACUUUAAGAGCAAAUUCGGGAUCAACAGAGAACGUGUGCCUUUCAUUCUGACAUACGACUUUGUCCAUGUAAUCCAGGAGGGACGGACGAACAACAGUGAGAAAUUUGAACGGUUUCGUGAGUACUGCGAACAAGCCUAUAAAAUCCUUUGCCGGAAUGGGACUCUUUUUGUGAAUCUCUUUGCCUUGAUGAAAGCUGCAGGACUCCCUGAGCUCAGUUCUUCCAAAGACAUCCAGUAUCUCAAGGACUCUUUGGCACUGGGGAAAUCUGAGGAGGAAGCACUGAAGAACUUUAAAGUGAAAUUUAAUGAAGCUCUAAGAGAGAGCUGGAAGACCAAGGUGAACUGGAUGAUGCACUCUUUUGCCAAAGAUAACAGAUAAAUGGCAUUCGAUCACAGGAGACCCACUGAAACCCUCUUGAUGCUGAGUUUUGAUUUAAACCAAUGCAGCUUUGAAUACAAUAUAUGUUGCACUGCUAUCUGGCAUUUAUGGCAUUAUACUUCCUUGCAAAGGCAAAAUGCAGUAACUAAACCGUUUGUUAAAACUUAGUUAUGACCAAUAUCAUAGGUCAAAUGCGACUAGAUUCUGUUUAAAAUCCAGAAGUUCAGUCAAAAAAGUUCCUGCGUUUUGCCUUUGCAGGGCAGUAUAUACAUCAACAGCUGUUUAGCAAAUGUUUACAUCUGUGACGUAAUAGUAAAUAAUUCUAUACAUUUGUUUUCGUGAGACCUACUGCUUGAAAUGAGAGUAAUUUCAGAUACAUGUUGUAUUUGCAACACACUGCACUGGGAAUCGAAGCUACUAAUUUAACAAACUAUUGGCAUGCCACUAAUUUAACUAGCAUCUCUGGUUUGUUUCUGUCACACUUGUGUACCUGCACAGAGAAAAGCUCAGAGCAAGUGAGAUUAAUGUAUUUAUAAUUUCUAACUGUACAGCAUAAGUGACUUUUGUUCUGGAGAAGAAAGCACUUUGUGUGUCUUCAUAUACGGUUUACAUUUUUGUUUACAUGAAUUUGUUUGGUUGUACAUAUUCUUUAGUGUAUCAUACGUAUAUUUACAUUCCUUAAAACAGUAUUUUUUAAUUUGAAUGAUUUGUAUAAUGGGGAAAUUGUUCAUCAGGAAAGUCUUUGUAUAGUGGUGUACAUGAGAAGACAUUUUUUUAUGUCAGUGUAGAAAUGAGCCUUAAAUAUUUUGUAUUUGUGGGGUAUUCUCUGUGCCUUUGAGAUAAGACACAAGCCAUCUUGAAGUCGUGUCCAAAGAGUUAGCUUUUUGUUCAGUGAAAUGUGUGCAAAGGAUGUACGCCGUGUACUACUGUACUAUAAAUCAGGGCAAAAGUGGAAUAUUGUUGCUCUGUAGAACAGUGCACUGUUAAUUGUGUGCCUAUUUUGAAUAUAGAGUCAGUUAAGCUUGUGUUUUCUCUUCCGGUAAACCUUAAUUAAUUCCAGAAUGUAUCACCACAGUAUUCGCCAACUGAAUCCACUGCUACCUGUUUCACGAAGAUGCUUUUUCUCAACAGAUGCGUAAAUGUUGUUUAUUUUGAAUCUUUAAAUGUCCUCUAGAAUGUGAAUUUUUAAAAGAGAUUAAAGCUAAAUCCAUCUAAUCUUUAUACAUGAAAGUCCUACUAACACCCACUGCAUAUAAUUUUAAUAAUGUAAGGAAGAUUAGUGGACAGAGGAAUAACUUUCACAUAAUGAAUGGAUUUUAGCAUUGGUGUAGGCAUUGAUGACUAUCUAUUGGACUACUAACCGAGUACCUCUCAUGUUUUCUUGUUUUGUUUCUUGCAUCUUGUUUUUGAUUGUGUACCAUGAUCUUUAGUCACUUCACAGUAUGAAACGCCAGGAUCUUGAAUUUCUCGGUUUACUAAUGUAUUGUUUCAGUUUUUAAACAUGGUUAGUUUGAUAUGAAGUUUUCAGAGGUGUUAUGAGUUAUGGAAGUGUGUUAUUCAUUCUCAUUUUUGCCAU